UCUUGCUAGGCAUGACAGAAUCAACUGCAGCCCACCCUGUCUUCCUCUGUCUUCUCUUCUUGCUGCCAUUUCAGGCCUCGGCGUCCCCGAUCAAAGAGGCACAAGCUCUAGUCAAAUGGAAGAACUCUCUCUCUCCUCCUCCUCCUCCUCCUCCUCCUUCACCUUCUCUGAGCUCAUGGUCACUCGCCAACAUCACCCAUCUCUGCAACUGGACUGGAGUUGCCUGCAACAAUGGUGGGUCAGUCUCGGGGAUCAGCCUCUCCAGCUCAAGCCUCAGUGGCACACUUGAUGCGCUCGACUUCACUUCGUUCCCGAACCUGACCAGCUUCGACGCCAACAACAACAAUCUCGGGGGCUCGAUACCGUUGUCGAUUGGCAAUCUCUCCAAGCUCACGUUCUUGGACCUGGGUAGCAAUCUCUUGGAAGGUGGCAUACCACCCGAGAUAGGCCAAUUGCAAGAGAUUCAGUACUUGAGCCUCUUGAACAACAGUCUCAAUGGUACUAUUCCUUACCAGAUCAGCAAUCUCGGGAAGGUGUGGCACUUGGAUCUUGGAUCAAACUACUUGGAAUUUCCUGACUGGUCAAAAUUCUCUGCCAUGCCGUCGGUGACAUACCUGAGCCUCUUCCUCAAUUCGCUCGACGGCGAAUUCCCGAGCUUCAUGGACGAUUUUCACAACCUGACAUACCUCGACCUGUCGCAAAACACGUUGACUGGCCAAAUUCCUGAGGCUGUGUAUGCCAACCUGGUGAAGCUUCAGUACCUCAACCUCACUGACAAUUCGCUCCAGGGGCCGAUCUCAAACAUAUCAAAACUUUCCCAGCUGAAGGAGAUCCGGAUUGGUAACAAUCCGCUCGGCGGUCCGAUUCCUGGAGACUUAGGGUUGGUAUCUGAGCUUCAGAUGAUAGAGAUGUACAACAAUUCCUUUGAAGGGGCAAUUCCUAGCUCCAUUGGUCAAUUGAGAAAGCUUCAAAAGCUUGAUUUGCACCUAAACCGCUUGAGCUCUUCUAUACCUUCCGAGCUCGGGCUUUGUUCUAACCUCACGGUGUUGGCCCUCGCCCAGAAUUCGAUCUCCGGGGAGCUGCCUCUCUCUCUGUCCAAUCUGGUUAGAUUGUCGGAAUUUGGAGCUUCGGAGAAUCACCUGUCAGGUGAGUUAUCGCCUUACUUAUUCACAAAUUGGACAGAACUCGUUUCUUUGCAGCUCCAGAACAAUUUUCUCUCUGGGCAAGUUCCUCCGGAAAUAGGAAGCCUGACCAAGCUCAAUAACCUCUUUUUGUACAACAAUUCACUCUCUGGCCCGAUCCCUACAGGGAUCGGGAGCUUGGAGAAUUUGGUCAAGUUAGACCUCGCAACGAACUCUCUCUCCGGCCAAAUCCCUUCAGCAUUGGGGAACCUGAGAAACCUGAAGAUCCUCCAGCUUUUCUAUAACAAACUCACUGGGACUAUUCCUCCAGAGGUCGGGAAUCUCACGUCAUUGACCAUUCUCGACCUCAACACGAACAAGCUUUAUGGAGAGGUCCCCGAGACCAUCUCUCGCCUUGCUAACUUAGAGUCGAUCUCUUUGUUCACAAACAAUUUCUCAGGAAGCGUACCAGGUGACUUCGGCAAGUACAUCCCUUCUCUGCAUUAUGUUAGGUUUGCGAACAACAGCUUCACCGGAGAACUGCCACCCAAAUUGUGCAGCGGCUUUGCUCUAAAAGAACUCACCGUCAAUGGGAACAAGUUCACCGGGCCGCUGCCCCACUGCUUGAGAAAUUGUUCGGGGCUAACAAGAGUCCGUCUAGAUGGCAAUCAGUUCACCGCAGACGUCACCAGCACAUUCGGAGUUUAUCUGAAUCUGGUUUAUAUAAGCCUCAGCAACAACAGAUUUGUCGGGACUCUCUCGGCACAGUGGGGAGAGUGUACGAAUCUCACAAAUUUGCAGAUAGAUGGUAACAAAAUCUCUGGCCAAAUCCUGCCAGAGCUCGGGAAAUUGUCUCAGUUGCGUGUCUUGUCUUUGGACCGCAAUGAACUGACCGGGAGAAUUCCUGAUGAGAUGAGAAAUCUAGGGGAGUUGAUCGAGCUGAACUUGAGCAACAACCAUUUGGCUGGAGAUAUUCCCGUCUCAUUAGGAAACUUAUCGAAGCUCAAUCUUCUUGAUUUGUCGAACAACACAUUGAGCGGUACCAUACCGAACGAGCUAGCGAAUUGCGAGAAUUUACUUAGCUUGAAAUUGAGCAACAACAAUCUGUCUGGUAACUUACCGUCCGAGCUCGGGAAGUUGUCCGCGCUCCAGUUACUUCUAGACCUGAGCCACAAUUCACUAGCAGGAUCAAUUCCUUCCAAUUUGGAAAAGCUUACUAUAUUGGAAAAUCUCAAUCUUUCCCAUAACGAUUUGUCCGGUACGAUACCGGCUUCACUCUCCACCAUGGUGAGUUUAAGCUCCAUGGACUUAUCGUACAACGAGCUAACAGGUGCGGUUCCUAGUGGUGGCAUCUUCCAACGGGCGCCCGAAAGUGCUUUUGUUGGGAAUUUGGGCUUGUGUGGAGACGCAACGGGAUUAUCUCCUUGCAGAACGAGCAGUAAAUCAACCAACCACGGCAAAAAAGUUCUGAUUGGUGUGAGUGUUGGCGUCGGCUGCUUACUACUUCUAGCGAUUCCAAUUGCCGUGAUUCUAGGGCUUCGGCCGCGAAACAAGCUUCUUGACAAAGUGAUCGAGAGUGUUAAAAAGCACGAGAAUUCAGAACCGAUCAUAUGGCAAAGGCGAGGGAACUUCACGUUCAGCGACAUCGCCACGGCCACCAACGACUUCAGCGAAGAGUACUGCAUUGGAAAAGGCGGGUUCGGGAGCGUUUACAAGGCCGAACUUGCCAGCGGCCAAAUUUUUGCUGUCAAAAAGCUCAACGUAUUGGAUUCCUGCGAUGUUCCCGCAGUCAACCGCCAGAGUUUCGAGAACGAGAUCCGUGUGUUGACCGAGGUCCGGCACCGCAAUGUGAUCAAGCUCUACGGGUCCUGUUCCAAAACGGGUUGCAUAUAUUUGAUCUAUGAGUUCGUUGAAAGGGGCAGUUUGGCAAAGGUCUUGUACGGAGGAAGAGGAGCAGCUGAACUGGACUGGGAUACAAGGGUGAAGAUUGUUCAAGGCGUGGCUCACGCGAUCUCCUACUUGCAUCACGAUUGCUCGCCACCUAUCGUCCAUCGGGACAUAACGUUGAACAACAUCUUGGUCGAGUCAGACUUCGAGCCUCGGCUCUCGGAUUUCGGGACGGCGAGACUCUUGGAUUCAGACUCGUCAAAUUGGACCGCAGUGGCUGGAUCUUAUGGCUACAUGGCUCCUGAGUUAGCAGUUACGAUGCGGGUGACGGACAAAUGCGAUGUGUAUAGCUUCGGAGUAGUGACGCUAGAGAUUAUGAUGGGGAAGCAUCCGGGGGAUCUUCUCUCUUCCCUAUCAACGACGCAAACGUCGACAUCAAUGGAGAACCCAAAUUUGCUACUAAAGGAUGUGCUCGACCCACAUCUUCCUCCUCCGACCGGCCAACUAGCCAGGACAGUGGUAUUCAUAGUCACAGUGGCACUGGCGUGCACGAGGAUGAGUCCCAAUUCGCGACCCACCAUGCAUUUCGUCGCGCAAGAAUUAUCCGCACGCACUCAAGCUUACUUGCCCGAGCCAUUAGGCCCAAUCACCAUCAACAGAGCUAUAGAGUCUUCAGAAAUAAUCUUUAAGUAGAUAGUGCAGAUCAAAUGAUAUUUCGUUGUAUUUUUUUUAUUAUAAUUUAGCUCAUAAUGAAUGAGAAAGAGGGGGCGCAUGUGUGGACCA